GAAACUGCAUCUCCUACAGACAUGUGGAAACCUCCUAAAGUCCCAGGGAAGUACAGAUGAAUCACAUUUCCUUCUCAAAUAAAGGUCACUGGAGAGCAGCUCUGUGUUAAUCCUCUGAGGUGAGAUCUGCAGCUGCUUUCUGUUCUGCACACUGCUGAGCAACCUUUUAGGAGCAAAACUCAACCAAUACAGAAGCUACGAAGCAGAAGCAAUCUAAGCAAUCUGCCUGUGUCUUUCUUCAGCAAACUGCUCUCGGAGGGGCAGAACUAAGCACUCACUCAUUAACUGAUACUCUCAAGGAGAGACCCUUCUUUUUGGCUGUGAUUUUUUGCACCACCUUGCAACAGCAGCACCUUGAUGGGGAAACUCAUCUCCAAAGGCUGGCGCGCAAGAGAUGCUCGAGUGGUCAUGCUGGGGCUCGACUUGGCUGGCAAAUCCACCCUUUUAUACAAACUGAAGACUGGCCAGGCUGUGGAGACCUGUCCGACAGUGGGCUUCAACGUGGAAUCUCUGCAAACACCCUGUGGCAUCUCCUUCACCCUCUGGGAUGUCGGUGGACAAAGCAGCCUGCGGGCAAGCUGGCCGAGCUACCUGGAGGACACCGACACCCUCAUCUUUGUGCUCGACAGCACGGACACAGCCCGACUGCCCGAAGCAGUGGCAGUGCUGGAAGAAGCCCUGAGCCACCCCAGCAUGGCUGGUGUCCCUGUCCUCCUCCUGGCCAACAAGCAGGAGGUGCCAGGGGCUUUGGCUCCCCCCGAGCUGGAGGAGAGGCUGCGGUGGGGGCAGCUGGAGGAGCGGCGUUGGGUGCUCCAAGGGUGCAGUGCCCACACUGGACAAGGCCUGCAGGAAGCCCUGGCUCUCCUGGGAGAGUUGCUGCGGAGUCCAGAGCAGAGGUGCCCAUUCCAGGAGCAGCCCAUCGCAGGGCUGGAGGGAAGGAGGCAAGAUCCAGGGCAAACCUGAACCUUAAGUGGACCCUUUCCACUUGUUGCUGCCAGCAGGUUUCUCACAGAGGAUCCCAGGCUCUGGAUACCCCCUCAGAUGAGCAGACCUGCAGCCAGCAGUCACUGUGAAACACUCAGCUGCUCAUCACCAAAGCCACCAGGAAAACCUCCAAGCAAAACUUCCACUGUGGAGCAUUUUUGGCCCUGUCUCUUGGACUCUCAUCACUGGCUGCAGCUUUUCCCACUGUCUCCAAGCUCUGCUCAUCCACUGUGUGUUUAGUGCUUCAGCGGGGAUGCUUUUGCCAGAUCAAUAUAAAUUCCAACAGAGAUGCACACAAGGGACAGAGAGGUUUUCUUCUUCCUGUGGCUUGCAGCCCUGAUACAGCUAUCCUGAUGGGGUAAUCCCCACAGGGAGGUGCUUAAAUGUGUCCCAUGCUGCUUCUCCCUCAGCUGGAGUCACAGGUUUAUCAACUGGAAAAGCAGGCAGCCAUGGUAAGGAAUGGCUGAACAGGAGAAGCAUAAAGACAGGACUUCAAAUGGACAAUAGUUAAUUUGUUUUUGCAGCAUCUAUGGAUAUAAUCUCCAAGCCAUAGCAGCAAGUCAGGAUUUGAUGACAUAGCAUGGUUUGAGGAUGUCUCUAUAUAAAUGUCUGCAUUCCUUGUUUUGGGUCUUUCUUUUCCAUGAAUUAUUUUUAUCAAAUACUGAUUUCUUGAAAAUGGUACCACAUUUUCCUCGGAUUAUAUUUAAAUAUAAAGAAAGCAAACGUCACUUCUAGGUGCUUGGAAACGUGUCUGUGUUUGGCCAGUCAACCUCCAACAUGGUAGCCUGAACAGUCAAGAUGAAGCCUUCUAUCAGACUUUUUGAAUUUAAGACCACUCUACAGGCAAUGGUUGGUGACUCUGGGCACCUAUGGACAUAGGCAGGUUGGUAACUAAGGGGCUUUCCACACUCAGCUGCAUCUGGGACACCUGCAGUGCCCUGGCAGCAUACAGUGGGGCUGGGUCUCUUACUGCAGUGAUGGUCUUUGUCUGAUCCUACUUAACCUACCAUCAG